UAUCUACCAUUUCAUGGAGUCUGGACAUGGCAAAGGUCAAAGUGAUGGCAUUGGUGCUGGAAUCAAAAGAAAACUGGAACGUCUCAUUCUUGGAGGCAAAGUCAUAAACAAUGCCUACCAAGUAUAUCUUGCUCUUUCUCAAAAUCCAAAUGAGAAGAUCAAUCAAAAGAUUAUCUUCAUGCCAUACAAGAAAAUCAAGAUAUCCGUACCAAAGAUCAAACAAACUCUUAAGUCUCUGAAAGGAACUCAUUCUUUUCAUAUGAUUUCCCAGCAUCACCCAAGUACAGAUGUGCUCACCUGCUAUGACCUGAGUUGUAUAUGUGUUGUCUGUACUGGUGGCCAACAGGGUCCCUGCUUGUAUAGUCAGUACAGAAAAAAUCCAAAACACUUUAGUUUGGCUACAGGUAAAACAAUCCAUGAAGAACAAAUUUAUCAUGAACUUGAUACAGUAUCAUCUGAUCAUUGUAUCCUUGACAAUUUCAAUUCUUAAAUCCUAUAAAACUCAUUUAAACAAGUAUGCCAAUUAGUAUGAUAAGAUUUGACAUUAUUUCUAAAUGGUAACCAAGUCAAUAACAAUAAAGACAUACAGUAAUUUUUUUUUUCAUCUAUGAUAAUUACUGUUAAUUCUGCAAUCAUUUUUGUUAUCACAUUUUUUGCAUGCAGUUCCUACAUAUUCAAUUUUCAGUUUUGCUUGCUUCUCUGCUUUGCUUUUUGUAGUCCUUAGUCUUUUAUUUUAACCGUUUGAAUUUUGCUAAAACACUGCAUUUUUGCUCCGCUUUUGCUUUAUACCUAUCCUUAAUAAAGUAGUAGCUAGUAAUACUAACCAUUGUGAGAGAGAGACUAACCUGAGAGGUGUGCUUACAGAAAGCAUUGAGUCUUAUAACAACUCAACAGAGCAUACAAAUGAAACUCUAAGUGAAUUUGAAAAUAAAAUUCGCAGAAAAGGUUGGGAGAUUCGAGGUACUACUCCUGAUGACGGCAAUUGUUUCUUUUGGGCCAUCAGUGAUCAGUUAGAUGCCCUGGGGAUGACUGAACAUACUCACACGCAGUUGAGAAGCAAAGUAAUUCAUCACAUGCAAAAUUUAUCAGAGACUGACAAAUUGGAAUUAGAGCAGUUCUUGACAAGUGACUUAACCAAAUAUAUUGAAAAAAUGUCAAAGAAUGGAACCUAUGCAGACCAUGUGUGUUUACAGAAUAUGUGCAAAGCCCUGUCUUGCAAGAUAGAUGUUGUUCAUGGGGAUACUCCUAACAUAAGCAUUGGAGAUGGAGACAGUAACAUACCAACACUUGUCGUUGGUUACAUUCCAGAAAUUGAGCAUUAUGUUAGCUUGCAGCGGUUAAAUAGAUUUAACCCUGAAGAUUUUGUAGCUGUAGCUCUCAAGUCAAACAGAAAAACAUAUCUGUACAUUGCUAAGGUAAUAUCACAGGCAGAUGAUGACAUCCAAGUUAGGUUCCUUAAAGCAAGCGGAGGUGCUGACGAGUACAGUUGGCCAGCCAAAGAGGAUGUGUCCUGGCAGUCUUUGGAAGAUAUUGUUCAGAAGCUCAAAAUGCCAAUUCUUCUUCCUGGCCGCGGAAUCAGGCUUAAAUUUAACCUGAAUGACUUAAAAUCCAAGAAAUCAUAUAUUUUCAAAUAAACAGUGUCAAGUGCACAUCUUGUGUCAGGAGUGUAACACAGUUUGAACAGUUCAUGUUAAUGUUUGUAGUUUAAAUUUGUAGUUACUUUUUAUCCUUUUAUUUAAGUAAAUGUCCUCUUAAACCAGUAUGGUAAUGAACAGGGGUAGAAAGCAAGUAGAACAUUGUCAUAUAUACAAAAAAAUAUCUUUACACUCAGAUGGUUAACAUUUAUAUAUAGUAAAGAUUUAUAAAAGGUCACUUAUAUUUUAUCAAAGUGUUUUUAAAAAGGCAAGACAAACAAAAAGGAACAAUUAACAUAGAAAACUUAAUACUUGUCUUAAGUAUUUCAUUGUAAAAGUUUUUAAAUCAAUAUUUUAAGAUAUUAAGUGUCUUGCCUGAAUUUGUCAGGAGUGUAACACUCAAAUGUUAAAGUGUUACUGUGAUUUUUUUUGUGUGAAAUAGAUUCUUCAUGGUACAAAUCAUUUUCAUAUUUUCCUAAUGGUUAGGAACAGAAGCUUAAUUAAAGUUUAUAACCUUUAUUUCCAUUUAUUUUCUAAUUGUUUACUUGUUAGAAACUUGUUUGCGGUUUUAAGUGUAACUUCAUAUCUUUCCUCUAAGAAUUAUUCUCAAAUUUAAUAACCUAUCAGUAUGUUUUCAAACAUAAGUGUUGUUCUGUACAUGUCUUUCUUAUGUUAUUGUUACCUCCAAUGUUUCUGUAAAGAACUAUUAUCAUUUAAACAACUUAUGCUAGUCAUGUCAGGAGUGUAACGCUUUUAUGUAAAAUCAAAGUUAAAUUUGACUGCAUAUUAUUUUUUUUUGAAAGGUUGAAAUAUUUGGAAACUUUAUUUUACAUCAAAGUAUUUAUUAAUACAUACUAACAACUACUUUUUUAUUUCUCUGCCCAAUUUUCUCCAGCUAUAGAAAAACAUGAUGUACUUACAUUAAAGAAAAUCAGACUUUUGUAACACAACAAUAGCAUUUUUUUUCUGUUGUAAAACUUCUGGUAAAAAAAAAUGGUGUAUUUCUUAUCCUAACAUCACUACUGUUACUAACAUAUAACAAAACAUAUGAUUUAAUUAACAUUGGGAAGUAUAGUGACACAAUUUUAUAAAGCAUUGGUUUUGUUAAUUUUUGUUAAUAAGUUGAAAUAAAAUGUUGAUUUAUACAAUUUGUGUUGUGUUAGAUAAAAUCCAAUUACUCGGCAUUAAACAUCAAUCAAUAUCACAUGGUUUUAGGUGAAAAAUAAAAUGAAAUAUAAAUUUUCAAUUUUGACCCUAUUUUCAAAUUUUUGCCUCAUUAUUUUUGACUUUACCCU